UUGUGGGUAAUUUGCUAUACUUCCGGUUGUGAAAGAACACGCACGAUGCGACUGGAAAAAUGUUACUUUUGUUCGUCUACAGUAUAUCCUGGACAUGGGAUCCAGUUUGUACGGAAUGAUUGCAAGAUUUUCAGAUUUUGCAGAUCCAAAUGUCAUAAGGCUUUUAAAAAGAAGAGAAAUCCUAGGAAGACUCGAUGGACCAAAGCAUUUCGUAAAGCAGCUGGAAAAGACCUUGCAGUGGACCCAUCAUUUGAAUUUGAAAAAAGAAGACAUGUCCCCAUUAAAUAUGACAGGGAAUUGUGGACAAACACAGUCAAAGCAAUGAAAAGAAUAGAAGAAAUUAAGACUAAACGACAGAAUCAGUUUAUACUAAACAGAUUAAAGAAAGGGAAGGAAUUAAGAAAAGCAGAGGAUGUGAAGGAAGUAGAGAAGAAUAUUCACCUUAUCAAAUCUCCAGCUGUUGGCAAAAAAGUACCAAGAUUAGAGCAAAAACUGGUUAUUGAAGAAUCAGAUGAAGAAAUGGAAAAUGCAUAAGAAAAAGAUUUGAGACAGAGACUGAUCCGUUUCAGGGAACUGCUUCAGAAGCUGUUGGUAUGAGUUACUGUGUUUAUACCCCAUAAAUAUAGACUCAUGUUUUAAAAUGAAGACACAGUAUACAGCAGAAUGACGUUCAUACCAUGUAAUGUUUUAUUUGACUAGAUAUAGAAGUACAUGCUAUUAUUAUUGCAUCAUUGCCAUUAAAG